AUGAGCGAGCACGAAGAAAUCAAGUCGGUUGCUGAUCUGCUCAAGCGCCCCGCUGGCACACUGCUGCACGCCAAGCAGCACCUCGUGGAGAUUACUGCCACAACGACCGUCGUCGACACUCUCAAAGUGCUCGCGCGCCACAACAUUCUCGCCGUCCCCGUCUACGACGAGGAAAAGAAGGAAUACGUUGGCAUUGUUCACACGUUCGACCUGCUCGUGUACAUUUCCUUCGGCUUCUUCCAGGUGGAGGAGAAGGUGACGCCCGAGUCGCUGCAGGUGCACAUUGACAAGCUUCGCAACCUGCCUGCGCAAGAGCUCAUUGGCAUUGCCCAUCUGAGCAAGGCUGGAUGGUGGCACAACGGCUUGAACGUGUACGAGCCGACUCGCAGCAUUGCGGAGAUUCUCAGCCCGCUCGAGGGUGGACUGGAGCGCGUCCUUGUGCGCGCCACUCCGACUCACCGCCCUGAAGGCCCCUCGGACGAGAUGCACGAGGGCCACUACUCGGCUCUCCGCAUUCUUUCGCAGUCCGACGUGCUGCGCUUCAUUCUGACGCACCCCCGCGCCACCCAGGAGCUGACAAACAAGACGCUUGGGCAGCUGGGCCUGACCUCGAACUUUAACGAGUUCCAAAAGAUUGUCUCGGUGCGCGAGUCAGAGUCCGCACUCGAGGGCUUCCGCCACAUGUACACGCAGGGGGCGGACGCUGUCGCA